AUGACGUCCCCCUUCCCUCUUCUCCGUAUGCCUUCUGUCGCGUUGAAGUUGAUUAUCGAUUCUAUGGAACUGAAUUCAUUAAUCGCGUUGUCCUUAGCCUCUCGCAAAAGUCACUCUGUAAUCAAAGCUCAUCACAGAAAACCAAUCAAUGGGCGUAUCCAUACUUCACGUGAUACUCCUCUCGUUUUCUCAUUCUCGGGACACAGUUAUGUAUUCUCUGCGUUGGACUUUGAUUCAUCCAUCAAACCAAGCAGCAAAAUAUUAGAGUUUAUUACUUGGGAAAAAGAAGAAGUACCAAUCAAAAUAGACCCAGUGGACGGGUAUCUGAAGGCAUUCAAAAUAGAUGAAGUAGAUGGAUUGAGGACAUUCAUCGUUUAUGUCACCAGUCUUCUCAACAUUUAUAUGUUGGAAAUUUCAUUCUGCAAACAGUCGAUUUGGCUGGUCGACUGGGUUAACAGUAGACAAGAAGGGGCACCAUUACAUUCUGCUCUUUUUGUAGACAGAAAAGAAGAGCUGUCAGAAGAACAAUAUUUACACAUACUGAGAGAUUGCACCGCCUCCGUCAAAAAAUGGCUGUAUACAACUGCUCCUCCAAACUUUCGUUAUUCUGAAAAGUUUCGGAAGAUCGAUUGCUUAGAUAUCAUCGAUGGAAAAUGGGUGACAAUUCAGAAUCUGCUGACAAUGGAUGGAAUCGAUAUUUGUCUGGAAUCAUCUAGUCUCACUAAUACUGAUUUGAAUGUAUUUCUGAAGCACUGGCUUGCUGGAGGGUGUCCGAGACUUAAGUUUUUCUUGGCUAGAACUGGUACCGUGAAUAUUUUGGAAGUGCUCACUGAUCUAUUCGAAGAUGCAGUUUUGUUCGAGCAACGUCGGAAAUAUACCAGCCCGUUUCGAUUCACACCGCGGUUGAAACAUGGAUAUGAUAUUCAACGUGAGGAUGGUGUCACUGCUACAGUAAGCGAUUCAAAACAAGGAUGUUUAGUUAUUGUGGUGUGGCCAGAGACUACUUACAAUGACUUCAAACCUUUAUAA